AUGACAGAAGGAUUCAAGAAUUUGUUGGAGGAGGCUUUAGAGCCUCUACGCAGAUCGAUUGAUGAAGUGAAGAAGUCUAUCGCCACUGCGAACUCUAACAGUCCGGGCCAUAACCAUUUCUGGAUACUUGAUGACGUCACCAACAUGGAUGUCGUAGUGGGACAUCGAGGAAACUCACUCAUUACUAUAUUCGAGCCCUAGCGACUUAGUUCCCUACCCAUAUCUCAUGAAAUCUUGCAAAAUUACAGAAGACAAGCAAUUACACACAACAAGCAAAGAACUGAUGGUGGUCACGAUGACCAGAAGGAAAAAUUCAGAUGAAAAGUCGGGUAGAGGUCCAUAUUGCGAAGGGCUCGAUCGAGGAAUAACCUCUCUUUAGUUGAGGUUUUCAGGUUGCAACAUUUUUUUUGAUUCCUAAAAAAACUAGAAUAAAUUUGCUUCCAAUUUGUCAAAAUUCCAAUCGAGUGCACGAGGUUUUUGCUCGAGUGCACGAAUGUUGAAAGUCUGUUGGUGUGCAAACUACCAGACGGAUUCCUUUGUUCAGAUCCAUCGGAGUAUCAUGUAAACCAUAAAUUUUAACCAUACAUUGUGGCCGGCCAAUUUAAAGUAAAAAGACAAUUAUUUAUCGGACCUUUAUAAGCCUACAUUGUGAAUUUCAGAUCAAGCCAACAGCAUGGAUGAACACAUUUAGUAUCUCGAGACACUUUGUCGUCUUUGUGGCACAAAUCUGCCACGGACCUGGGUCAGUGCUACAAACAAAGAAUCUUUUACAUCGGAGCUCUGGAUGAAAUUUCGAAUCAAUGUCGAUCUUGACAUCAGAAAGAUUCAUUCAGCCAAGGCGAAUGCACACUAAAAAAUAAUUUCAGGAAACCACGGAUCUAACACAUAAAUGUGAUUAUCCAGCGAGUAAGUUCUCCUUCGGGCAAACAUAAAACAAAGAGGUAUUCGUUCACUGAGCUCUCACAUCUUCAGGUAUCGUAUUCGGGAAAUGUGCGAUAAGAGCGGCAUGAAGAUGAAAAUAAAGAAAUCACAUUGGUAGAAAGCCUUGCCACAGUGUCUCUAUUACAGCAUUCCGGAAACAAAGGUUGGAGUCUAAUUACACGAACUGAUGAGAGUGAAAUUUUCGUCUAAAGCAGCAGAUCGGCACGGUUCAGCACUUUCUAAACAUACAAACAUACAUAACCAGGAAUUGAAGGGUAAGUUACUGUUUUCUUGCUUUACUGUUACUUUUUCGUAAAGGCUUGAUGGACUGAAAUUGAUAAUGUCUAUUUAAAAAUCGGAGAGAAGCAAGAUAUUGUCUUUCCUCGACCUAUACUGGAGAGAAAUGAAAUUGUCCCGAUUCCGCGAUCUCACACCUCACUUGUCUCAAUUGUUAUCAGUGUGCGUUAUUUGGUUCAACCUUAUUUAAUUGGUUUUCUUGUAACCCAAAAUAGGGAAAUCAACGGAGAACGGAGAGUAACAUCGAGGCCAAGUUCUACCUAGAAGUUCUCCAGAUACAAACAGUUUGGCGGAGGAGCUUUUAUUCCUGUGACGCUCUUGGUGGAAGGACCACAGCGUUACAAAGAAUUUGUGCUAGAAAGAAUCCGCUUUACUCUUCCAGAAUGCGAGAAUGUCGAGGACAUGCAUGUUGAAUGUUUGAAAUAAACGAAUAUUUUUAAUGGUAUCUUACGUCCAGUCCUUAUUAGCCAAUGUUGUUUAAACUUACUACUGCAUUACAACAUGGCCGCCACACAAAAAAAAAAAUCAGCUUCUUCUUGUUUCCAGCACCUCUCGGCCAAAUUUGCUUUGUUUUGGUUUUGAUCUCACCCAAUCACAAAGCUCGAAACCGAUAUCCAGAAAUGGUUAUGGCCCGAACUGUCUGAUUGUUACCAACUACUAACAAAAAUAUCAACCUACGAAAAAGGAAUGACAGAACUGGUUAAUGAGAUCAAGAGUCUGAAGGGUAAGCUCCUGGAUACUACAAACCAGCUAAAAGCUUUAAAGGAAUCAUUUAACGAACUUGAACAAUACUCGAGACGAGACUGCAUGGAAAUCCGGGGUAUUCCAAAGAUUUCUAGUGGCACACGGGAAGAUACGAACGAAAUUGUUGUGGAGCUCGGUCGAAAGAUUGGACUUGACCUGAAAAGAGAGGAUAUAUCAACGAGCCAUCGUCUUCCGAGUAAAAGGAAAGCGAACGGAGAAAGGUGUAUUACACACUAAUCCUGAUCUUAAUAUAAUGUUUGACUCCUUUUACACUAGAGUUUCAUAAAGGCAUAAUUGAUGUUCAUAUACCUCUCAUACAACUCUCUAAACGUUUAUAAAGAAUGAAAUCUAAGCCAUGGAUAACUACGUAAGGUAAAAAUUAAAUAAAUUACUUGUUGAGGAUGUUGAAAUAAAUGAUUCUAAGUCAAUGGCUGAUGCUUUUAAUAAUUUCUUUGCUAAUAUUGGAAAUAGCAGGUAAUUUAGUGUUAACAACUGGGUUGAAAACGUAAAUUAGCCACCGUAAAGGGUAAAAAAGCUCACGUUUCGAGCGUUAGCCCUUCGUCAGAGCGAUUCAUAUUGGAAAUAAUUUGACAAAGAAUAUUCCUCGUGUAAAUAAAUCCUCCAUUCGGUAUCUAACAGCCCCACCUCAAGACAGUUUCUUUCUAUUUCCCACAACAACAAUUGAAAUUGAAAAUGAAAUUAUUGUGCUAAAUGCUAAUAAGUCUACUGGGCCUUACAGCAUACCAGUAACAACUUGAGCGGGUCACAAGUGAGAAGGAUGUCGGAGUUAUUGUGACUAGCUCCCUUUCAUGGGAUUCACAUGUCCAUACCAUCAUCGCAAAAGCCAACAAGCUACUUGGGCUUCUAAAGCGUACAUGCCCUUUUCUGACCGAUGUUUCAGUCAGGCGGUCCCUCUAUCUGGCUUUGGUAAAGUCACAACUGUGCUAUGCAACGCAAGUGUGGUCCCCAGCCCAAUUCAGUCUCAAAAGUCAGCUUGAAAGAGUACAAAGACGUGCAACAAGAUGGAUUCUAGGCACCAGAAUUGGGGAAAUGAGCUACCGAGACCGGCUUAUCAAGCUGAAUUUGCUCCCUCUCGCCUACGACCGCGAACUUAAGGACCUUGUGUUUCUUUACAAAUGUCUGAAUAACUACACGGAUCUAAACAUCCUUAACUUUGUUUCUUUUAUUUCCCACGGCCGCACCAGACGAAGUAAUUCCUUCAAUCUCACAACACCUUCGUGUAAAACAAGUACCUUUCAGGCCUCCUAUUUCAACCGAACUGUUAAACUCUGGAACUCCGUAUGUACCUUAUCACCCCCGUCCAAGUUUUCUAACCCGACCGCCUUUCAAACUUUUGUAGCUAAACACAUGUUCUCUCUUGUCCGUUCAGUUUUUGAUGUUAAUAGUCCGUGCACGUGGUCAAUUGUUAGGUCGUGUCCCUGUCAUUGAUUUUUAGUUAUCUAGCACUUUUUCACCGUACGUUUUUACAUUUUUUUUUUUUUUUUUUUUUCGUUUUUAUUAAGGGUAGUGCCCCGCAUGGGACUCCAUGUCCCGUUCGCACUGACCCUUUUGGCGUAUGUCUAUCCAUUUUUUGUCUCUUUCCUUGUAUAUGCAUUCAUUUUGAGCUUGUAGACGUACCCAAUAAAGUUGUUAAAUAAAUAAAUAAAUAAGUUGCUAUUUUAAAAGCUACCAAACAUGUUAUCUCUGCACCUCUAGAAAUUAUAGUCAAUGCUUCUUUUUCUACUGGAAUUGUCCCUAAUUUAUUUACAAUAGCUAAAGCUACCCUGUUUUUUAAAAAGGGCGUGCAAACAAGUUUAAUCAUCGUCUCAUUUCUAUUCCCUAUCUAUUCCACAAGCUGUUAGAAAAGUUAAUGAAUAAAAAAAUUUAGAAUUUUUGGAGAAGAAAAAAGUAAUUUAUUGUAAGAAGUUCUGCUUCCGUGCGGAAACACUCCACGGAUCAUGCUAUCGUAAGCAUCAUUGACUUGAUUCAAAAUGCAAUUGACGGCCAGGAAUUUUCUUGAAGUAAAUUUUUGGAUUUCAUUAAAGCCUCUGAUACUGUAAAUCAUAAUAUCUUGAUUGAAAAACUAGAUUAUUAUGGCAUUCGUGGUGUUACCAAAGAUUGGUUCAUCUCCUAUCUUACCAACAGAUAUCAAUAUGUUUCCUUGGGGCAAACUGAGUCUGAUCCUCAUCCUGUUUCUUGUGGUGUUCCCCAAGGCUCAGUUCUCGGCCCUCUAUUAUUUCUUGUAGAUAUCAAUGAUUUAAGUAACUGCUCUGAAAUUCGAGAUUUUCAUUUAUAUGCAGAUGAUGCCAAUCUGUUUUAUAAACGCAAAAAUCUUAAAGUCCUUGAAUCCCAACAAACAAUGAACUAGUAAAUAUUCAUACUUGGUUGAACUUUGUUUUAAAUUACCUGCUGAGUACAAUAAAGAUUGAUUGAUUGUUAUCCUUGAAGGCCAUUUUGAAAACGUUUCAAUCCAGGUCACUUGAUGUGGUACGUCACACGUGUGUAAGGUAGUGAAAAGCGUCAUGUCAAAACCUGAACGUAACAAUUUCGCUCUCCCUGUUUGGCUGCUGCCGCAAUUUACUAACGAAAAAAAUUUUUUUCCAUUCUGAUAUAGGCCACUAUUUAGAGACUAUGAACUACGAAGGUAGAAAUUAAAUAACGAAGGUUGAAUAAUUGAAAGGCGACGGGUCGGUUCUCUGUAUUCAGAGUCACAGGUUAUUUGCACGCCAUUCCAAACAGCUGUAAAAAAAAAUAUAUUCCCAUAAUUUGUUCUUCCUAACCAUUAUCGAGUCAUAUACUUAUAGAGAUAUGUUUAGUCCAUGCUGGAAAGUAUUGGACUUUAGAUUUUGUCCGGUGUAUAUCACUGUGACCUCAGACCCAUCGGUUCUGGAGUGAGCGUGACUAAGCGCUAAGUAUUGUCGCGGAUUAUGGAGGUCGCCAUCUGGUUUCGUGAACGAAACUCUUCUUUCACGUUCCGGAAAUGUACAAGAAUUAUCUUUUUUUAUUUACUUUUUUUUAAGGAGACUGGUGAACAGCACAAAGGAAGACUUCUUGCUGCUGUAACUUUUUUUUUUAAUUUCCGUCGACACGUUUCGUCUCCAGCUGACAGUGCUCCAGGAAUGAUUACAACUAACAUUGAGCAGCAUUAAUAUAUAGCACAUUCGUGCGCCUAAGUUAAAUGAAAGGUUACUCGUUUCAAAAAUGUACAACUGUCAGCUGAGUGAACAGUAAAUUACUCACGCUCAUCUAUCGUAUCUAAAACAAGCCGACAGCCAGAGAUCCUACCGAUUAGAACGCAGUGCUUUGAUAAUAAAAAGGAACCGAGUCAGCCACAAACUCGUGCUACGGAAAUAACAAGCACGUAAUGUUUCUCAAUUUACGACCUGAACUUUAAAACAUAUCUAUGUUCACGCUCAAGUUAUCCAAUUCCGUACCCCUCUUAGCCGUGAUGACAUUUACAAUAUGGACAGAAAACAACAGGAUGUAAAAUGAAGAAAACGAAAACCAGGGAAGUGCUGUAUAAAGAUUUUUUGUACCAAAAAAAUGCAAACGGAGUCAGCCUUCACCAGUUUUUCCUAACGCUGUAUGCUGGACAAUACAUCUGGCUUUUGCCUGCAACUGUUCCACUGUAACAUCCUCCAAAUUUUUAUUUUUGACUACAUCUACUUCUUGACAAAAGAUGUUUUCUUUCUCCCUCCACAUUGAUUGGCAGUCUCCACACUAACACUUUGUACUAAUUGAAGUAUUGUACUUAAUUGAAUGUACUAUUGAAGCGGCCGCGGCUCAAGGGCCCAUGGUCCUCCUCUGACUCUCGCGCUCUAUUUUAGGUUCGUCCAGGCGGUUCAAAUCGCGAGGACCUGAUUUCACUAACAGGUUCUUAAGCCCCUUCAUUACAUUCACCCUCCAUAGAGGCCUCAAAAUCCGAAUAAUCAGACCCAGAAAUAGAACUGCUUUCAUUCGAAUUACUAUCCGUCAUAUUUACUUUGCUUAAUGUACACACGCGUGACGUACAAGUUCACAUGAUCAAAAUCGAAGCGUUUACGGCAGAUUAGGACCGCUUUCUCGACAAAGAGGCAUUCCAAGCACCUUGUAUCUGUUCAAUGUGUUAUCUGAGGCGUUUAGACGGUAUUCCGAGAAAGUGACCUUUUAGCCGUCAAGUAUCCUUUAAAGAAUAACAAAGGAUCAGAGUGCAGUAGCCAGUCAGAACGCGCCUUCAACGCUAUCCACUGUUUUGGUGCAUACUUGUAAAAGAUCAGUAUCCUUCCAGUCCAAUAAAUUUUUAACACCUUACUCACGUAUGUUAGAAAGUAAUUAUUCGUUAAAAAAAAUUAUAGGAUUAAAAACCUUUUUAAAAGUAACCCUAAUAUUUUUAGUGUAAAAGUGAAAUUUACGGAGUAUUCAGAAGAGCCUUGAUGAUAGAUCGGAGAAAAACAGCAACCAAAUUGAAAGACCGAAAUGGAAUUUACCAAACAGUAACAGCAAUAUCUAGUCUAGUCAAGAGAUAAAUGAAGAAUCUUUUUUACAAACUGGAUUACAGCGGUACAAUUAACGAAAAAUCCGUCACGUACCUUUUUGAAAUUGUCUAUUAGACAUACCUGUAUUAUACUUGUACAGCCAAAAAUCCUUUAUUUUGCAGUAUGAUAAGGCGUUUUUAUUAAAACAUUAUUCACGUAGCAGACUUGUUCAACUCCAGCUUCGACAGAUACAUCACGUAGUUGUAUAAUUUGCCGUAUGGUUACAUAAUGCGGAGCGGAAACGGGUAAAUUUUUUUAGGGGGAAUCCUCCAAACUGGUGCACGUAGUGGUGCAUUUAAGUGGUUUUGGUUUCUUUAAGUUGAGCCUUAGGUAGCACAAGACAAAACAGAAUUCAGGAAAGUGUCAAAGUGGGUCAUUUUUAGUCUCAGGACAUUGCAUUUCAUAGCCGCGUAAAUACUCUUCCCGCUUAGGCAAGAGUCACGUCUAUGGUUGUAAAGUGGAUCUCAAGAUGUCUCAUUCAAAGCAAGUAAGCGAAUUGCAACUCGGUGAUUACUAUUUUUCGAUCAAUCAAGUUUUCAAACCUUAUCGUUACAUUACACCAUGUAAUCGUGAAACUCUGCCUUGUAAACGAUUUUAGCCUUAACUUGCCAAUUCAUUGAAACGUUGCAUAUCACCCACAGAGGUAGCGGUUCGAAAAAUAAUUACGAGGAUUGUCACUCGUCUCGUCUCCCUUUUUAACUCGUGAGUGCAUUUGAUAGUUUUUGGCGAGCAAUAAACAAACGAAAUGGCGACCUUUGUUGCUAAGAAUAGUGGUGGGAUGAAAAAGAAGCCAAUGAUAAUCUUAAAAGAAUUUUUUUUUUCGUUUUAGUUUCAGCUAGCGGCGCCAGCGACUGGCAGGCAUGCAAGGAUUCACACUGAAAUAACAGAACAACCUUCGUUUUUCAUAAAAUUGUAAUUUACAACCUUGAACUUGAAAACAAUCCGAAGAUUCAUUGAAAAUAUCACUUACUGCGAAGCGCUCGGAGUUUACAGAUGUUCGAAAGCUUUUUCUGUUAUGGCUUGAGAUUGAGGACAAAAUCGAUCAUUACGCUUCGUAUCGAGUGUUUUACCUGUGUGAAGCAACAAAAGAUGCCGGCGACUGACGAAAUUAUAAGUUAACACGAAAAUCAAAUAACACCUAAACAAACAAUUUUAGCUACCGAUUUUCAGUGAAUUUUUAAAGAACAAUUUUCUUUUAAGUUUUAAGACAAUUUGAAGAUUCAAAAUACAUAUUACGUACUAAAAUGCGAAAGUUAUACACCACAAAAUUGAUAAAUAGGCCUGAAAUUAAAUUCUAUCUUAUUAUUUAUUAUACGUUGCCUAGCACGUGACUAAAAUCUACCUGGGCGGAGAUCCAAAAUGACGGUGGCAGUCUUGGCUUAGUUAUAUCACUCAAAACUCGUUCCCGUUUGUCUCAUUUGAUAAAGAGGGAAUCGUUAAUGUUUUCAUUAAGAAAGUAUUGCCUUGAUUUUCUAAUAUUUACAAUGAUAGACAGUAAAUUUCACUUUUCACCCACAUUUACUUCCAACCCUUUCUUUUGAACCAGAAACAAAAAUGAUAUACGUUUAAAACACAUGACAUCAUCCACCCUUGUCAUUUCAAUUGUAAUGCCUUCUUAUCCCAACGUUACUUUGUUUCUUUGCUACAUUAGCGAACACUGAACUACUGCUCGUACUCUAGAUAUGACAAUCGACCACAAAAUUCCCUAAACCAGAUAACAUUAAACAUAAUCCAAAAAAUCAUAUGUCACUUCACGAGUUUGCUCACAGAACACUUUGAUUUUAUGUACGUAAGGGCUUUUCUUAUGUACGUAGAAAACCCCGAAAUGGACAACUCGCCAAAAUGGGUUUUUUUCAUCAAAGUAAGCGGUCAGAUAACAAGCGAUACGCUGUGGAAGUAAGGUGAGGUAUUUUUAUUAAGAAAUUGACGUUUUUGUUCAUUCCUUAGAGCGGUCGUACAGUCCCAUACAAAUUCUUAUAAUUCCGCCAUGACUGUUACUGCGCAAGAUAAUCAUAUCACAGUUGGAGCUUGGGCCGCCUGUGGGUGGAGUCAAAAUUUUUCUUACACAGCUGCUCAUUUAUGUUUUACUCAUUUUAUGUUCUGAAAUGUGUUUUACUCAGAGGCAACCCUCUCGUGCACAAAACCAAUUUUUAAAGAGGCAACUUUCCCAUCGACGGGCCUGUCAUGCAAAACAGGACGCAUGGCUGGGAACCAACCUCGGAGAAAAUGACUCCUUGUGAAGGAAUAAUCAGGGAAGACACUAUCAUGUACCUGAUGUUUGAAGGAGUGAAAUUGCUGAUGUCGGUAUUAAAACAAUUACAGGUAAUUACGUUGGCCUCGACUGCUGUGUACAGACAUGUAUCUGACUUGAUCUUGAUGGAUUUCCCUCCCGAGUCCCUGAAAAGUCACCAACUGUUAUGUAUUAUGAAAUUACGUAAUAAGAAGCGGCGCACUUAACUUCUUGAAGGUGUUGACAGUGAUAGGAAAUUCUCACUAUUUCAAAGAAAUACGAAUUUCAUUCCUGAGGUUGAAAGGUUAGUUAUCGACGAAAGAGUCGACUGAAAUAUUGUCUGAACUAAAAUGGGCAAAUGACUGUUGGGUGACACAUACAUCGUUGAAGUACAAACUAUGGGUUGGCAAAAUAUAUUCAGAAGCAGUGUAUUCGAAUGUUGAAAGUCGCCUCCGAGAUUUGCUCGUUCUUUCAUUGGCCUAAACUCGCUUAAAUUUCCGAAUUAUGUGAUCAUUACUUUCCGGUAGCAUCGGAUUACACAAUUGCCAAGCUUGAUAAAGCUCCAGCUGUGGACACCUCUCAGAUUUUAUUUUGAUCGUUUACAAUCAUGAUUUCAGCUUGAACGCACUGUUUAGAAACUGUUACCUGGGCUUAGAGCAUAAGUAGAAGACUCAAUAUCUACACAUCUUAUUUCAACGAGAAAAUAACGGAUCGUUCUUAAUUUUUUUUAUUAUCACACAGCCAUUUUGUGGAUCUCCGCCUCGUCAAGACCAACCACAAUAAGGAAGGUUUGAAGUUUUAACCGCAAGAAAAUGCCGUGGCAAGAAUCUUAGAAGUUUGAGGAGUACAAGGGAAUCAUAACCAUUGUGAAUUGUCAAUAUCAACAUAGUUUACUUUUUACAAUUGAAUGUCUCAGUGAGUCAAAUAAAACAAGUGCUCAAUAGAAAGAAAAAACAUUUCUCUCUCAGAUAAACUGAGCGAGAAUUAUAAUUCUUGCGGCAUCUUAAUUACUUUUGCCUAAAGUCUUUAAAUUGUCCGUCAUAUGUAUUACAAUCAACUCACAUUUUGGCGCGAUAUAUGUGAAAAUGCGAAAAUUUAUCGCCGAUAUUCAUGUUUUUUCCAUUUUGAACUUGUUACCUCGUUCGGUGGCCUUAUAGUGUAUAUUUCUUUCAUUUUGUGGACUGAAAUGGUUUGUACUUUGAAAGCCUCAAAGGCAACACUCUUGCGCAUAUGACCAAUCUUUCCCACCGGCGGGCCUGUCGUAAAAAACAGGGAACUUAUCGACUCGAAAUGUUAGCAAUCAAUAACAGUCCUGAAACUCUCUGUACUUCUUCGUAACGAAAUAAAUUGCUGUUUGAUCGGAGAAAUACGAAUUUCACCUUUGGGGUUGAAUGGUAAAGACAAAGAAAGGAGUCUACCCAAAUUACUACCGUUAGAUUUACUCCGGUCUGCAAGGUUACCAGGGCGUCAAAGCAGAAGACUCAGUAUCUCUCAGUUGACCUCUCAUUUUAGCGAGAUAAUAGCAAGUAGUACUUGAUUUUUUCCCUAGAGCCAUUUUGUGGAUCUCUGCCUCGUCAGACAACCUUGAUAAGGAAGGUUUGAAGUUUCAAGUGGAAGAACAUGCUGUUGCAAGAAUCCUUGAAGUUUUAGAAUUGCAAGGGGAUCGCUGCUAUUGUUAAUUUUCAGUAUGGCAUGAACAACGACGUGAGGUGAAUUAAGAACAGCAUUUUAAAUCUAAAUUGAAAAUUGGUUUUGUGUAGUUGUGAACUUUCAACUGAUUUCAAGGAAUUACGGUACCAAAAAGAAAAUUCCAGCUCAGCUAUCCCAGAAAACACUUCACUUUUCGACUUCCAGAAUCUUUCCCAAGAAAAAAUAAUAUGAGUUCAAGAAAUUUAAAACUUCCUACAUGUAAACACGAAAUUGAUUCGUGCAGCACUCCAUGAAUAAACUCUUUCCUUGUUGGACUAAUUGAGCGGGAUGACCUCCAUUAAUGAGCCAAGAUUCGUAUCACCUUAAUAAAGUCAAUUCACAAAUUACCCGCUUCGGCCAAUAAUAUUCUAAAAUUUCGAACAAGAAAAAAACCUUGAGUAUGAAUUAGAGGAUAUUACAUCGCCAUGCAGAGAUAAGAAAUUCGUCUUCCAGUGUUUAAAAAUAUUUCACGAGUGAGCGAACAUGUUAUCUUUAGCGUGUGAAGAUAUCACUUUUCGCGUGAAAUCUUGUAAUUACUUGCUAUUUCAUUGGUGUUUUGUAUCAGAGGUUUCGCUGAGAGAUUUUAUUCUGUAUUCGAUACAAAUCUCGCUCUGUCUCUACUUUUAGCUUGGCACCGGCUUUAACCAAAGUACAAACGUGAAAGCCUGAAUUUUAAAAGAAUGAAAACUAAUUAAACGCAACCAUAUUUUUACUCAUGAUCGAAGUAUUAUAUUUUUAUAUCGCCAGUUUUACUGUCAUAAUGUCAUAUUGUAUUGCUUUUAAUGAGAAUUUCUUUAUCUUAUGUUUGGUACAAACAUGUUCUUUUCUUCGCGGUGGUUCCUUGAAUGUGCAAUAUACUCUAGACCAAAACUUUUGAAUACAAUUUCUGCUUUGGAAGAUCCUUUUCAAUACUUCCAAUUUAAAUCGAGAUGUAAUACUUUCGGUCUGUGUAAGAGCGGUUCAGGGCAUUUUGCAUCGGAACAAAGUUUUCCCUCAAACUUUGCCCAAUAAAUGAUCUUUAGUAGCAAGUAAAUAAAACCACGUUAGUUUCUCCAAAUACGUUAAAAUAAAUUUUUUGAGCCCUCAAUAGGCCAUUCUGCAAAAGGCCCUUUUUUGACCUCUUGCAAAAUCGAAAAUUUCAAAAGUUGAAAAGCCUGGUCCUCGUAUCACACCGCAUGCAGGAAAAAAAAAUAUUUUUUAUUCUUAAACUGUGUGACAUGUAAGGUGUAUGAAAAGAAUUUGAAUUUUGAUAUUCGUUUAUUCAGAGGAUCGUCAUAAUUUAUUUAAAAACACUCGUUUGACAGCUUUCUGAAAUUGGUCAAAAGUACUCUUUCUUUCUUGUUUCUCAAGUCCAGAUCAAACCAUCAAAAUCUCCGCUUGAUCUCUUCUAAUAAGAUGUUUGGCGCAGAGAAAUAUCAAAACAUCUUGCACUUAUUAUUUUUCUUCGCCCUGGUGACUUCAAAAUUUCAGCGAUUUUGCUAGCGUGACAGACAAUUAUCAAAUUAGGUCAUUGAGCAAACUCCGACCGUUUUACAUAAGUAGCUCAAUAAACUAAGAGUUAAACGAGACUUGCCUAUUAGUUGAAGUUUGAUGGUAAUUCUAUUGAGUCAUCAUGAGGUGCUAGUCACAUAAGAUUGCGCAAUCCAACCCAGAAAUGAACUUUGAAACCCAAACAAAUCUUAAAUUGGGGGGGGUUUAUUUCACGAUCAUAAGCAAGUAAGGGUAGGAAUGUGAUUCCUGGCACCUUAUGAUGACUCAAUAGAAUUACCAUCAAACUUCAACUUCUGCCAAAUUCUCAUGUUCUUGGAUUAUCUUUUGUAAUACUUUGCAAGGGUGCAGUGUCUUAACCAACCAGCAGUUCGGAGAAUGGCAUCAAGAAGUACCUUAGCCAGUGAAGCUGCACUGGUUGAUGAUGCCCUAACACAAUGAGGUUUAAAACGACUUAUGUCAAUACCAGCCAGACCUAAAGUGCUCUUAAUCUAACGAGAUACAGUACUCUUAUUAGCUGCUUUGUAUGGUUUAACAUAUGUAACAAAUAGACUUUUGAUACCCUUACGAAGGUGUUUGGUAAUUUCCAAAUAUUCUUUUAUAAUAACAACAACACACAGACUAGCAUCUGAAGGAUAACCUGGGAACUCCAGCUCAUGUUCACGUGUACCAGGUUUGGUUUGCUUAGGGUUGUCUCCAAUUGAGAACUUCCAACAACAUGGUCCAAACGUUCAAGAAUUGGAGAGUUUGGCACCUCUCUGUUUAGCAAUGGAUUCCUCGUUGCCUUAUUAGUACGAAUCACUCAUUUCGUCUCUUUUCCUCUUACGACACGUUUUAUUCUGAGUGAUAGUUUCCAUUGCAGAUUUCAUAGAAGAUAGCGACGGUUGAUGAAGGUCUUUCAACUCCUUCAAACCUUGAAAAACAUGAGAGGAUGGCCUUGUGGACAUCACAUUCGAGCGAGUGACCGUAUUUUUCGCGAUAAAUUUUACAUGCUGUCGUAUUCUUAUGCCCCUUGUUGAACUCUGUGAGUUCAGGACAUUGUCUGUUUCAGUGUACGCAAAGCAUAGGCACUCUAAUGGGAAGUUCUGGCGCCAAAGAUCAGCGUGCCCGUAUCCGACCGAUUUCAAGGGGGCAAAGAGCCAGUAUUCGGUCAAUUUGCAAAUGUCAAAGGCAAUUUCUAAGAUGUAUGGUGUUCUUGUUCAAGUAGGUUCAGGUAGGAACAAGUGAUUUAAAAUAAGUGGCUGAUUUCAACCAAUGUCUACCGUUCUCUUCCCAAUUGCUUGUUCGUGUAUUAAUUUACUUUUCCCUACGUCCAAAUUUUUUGCAUCAAUUACCGCAACAAGCACAAUGCUUCUGUGAAGGGAAUGCCUUAAGCAGUAGUGUUCACCACUGCUCAGGUAGUGAACACUGCAUUUAAGAACACUACUGCACAAGCAGUGUUCAUUACUUCGAAGUUCGCUUUCAUAUCCCCGUCUUUCUCCGCAGUUCAAAGAUAUGACUUUCCAAUAUUCACAGUCGUUUAUUCACCACUUCACGGGUUUAUUUUGAUCCAAAAUAAUGACCAGCUCCCAACUGGCAUGUUAGCUCAGUUGGUAGAGCACUGCACCGGUAUCGCAAAGGUCAUGGGUUCAAAUCCACUAUUGGCCUGAAUUUUUUUCAGGCCCUAGUACACCACUGUUCAAGAAGUGUUCACUACUGCGAAGAUCGCUUUCACAUUCACGUCUUCAUCCGUAGUUCAAAUAUAUGCCUUAACUUUAGUAAUCAUAGCUUACUGGUGUCUUGCCUGUAUUAAGGAUCUCGAGGUAGCUGCCUUUUGGUUAAGUAAAUUGCAAGACACACUGAAAGAUAUAUCGGUUUGUAUUGAUUCAGUUUUUGUUGAUAUUUUGUAAACUACAAAACAGAUGUUCCUGGUGCUAAAAUAGUUAGCCCGCGUACAAGGCUCUCGGCGAAAAUCUUGAAGCAAGCAUCUGAGUGAAGAGACACGAUAUCUUUCUCUCGCGUGGCUUCUCGCUCGCCCGUGCUAGUUUUAAUCACUCGCGCCCAGUUGACUGAGAGCAUGUUGCCCAGCUUAUGUGUAAACAUUCAUCUAAAACUUAGAUCUUUUAUCGAGGAACAGGCAAAGAUCCUGCUCUAGAAAUGUUCAAACUAGCCAUGAGCUCACCUAUUAGACCAAUGUCUUACAGGCUAUCACAUAGUAUCAAUGAUGAAAUGUGGACUCCUUCAGCCGUGUUGGCGCUUAACGAAAGCAUAUAUAGAAAUACAGGAUUUCAGACCGGCGAGGGGAAAUGUCUAAGAUUCAGUUCAAGUCUUCAGUGCAUGCAUUGAUAGCCUUGCCGAUGCUAUACAAAAGCUCAGGAUUACACAUUUAGAAUCCCAAAUUGUUGAGAAAAAUGCUCCUUUCCUGAAAAAUCUGGAUUUGUUAAAAAAGCUGGGGAAGCGUGCCAGCUGGUGUGCGAUGUCAUGGCUCCAUGAGAUAGUAAAGCGUUAUCCAAGCGGUCGUAGACCAUGAGCAGAAGUGCAAGACAUCUAUCGAUGUUGGCCUUCAAACCCUUAUGGUCGUCUAUCAGAAUGCUCCCACAAAAUCAGUUAACACUUAGGUACUGAGUAUUGAUGCUAACAGAUUCUCAGCCAACGAGCUUAAACGCAUACAUCAGAAAUUUCAAAACCCCUCCGAUAGACAAAUAAAGAGGGCAAGAGCACAGGCGAAGAGUGAGAGGCCUGGAGUGUCUACUGAAAAAAUCCAGCGUCACAGAAUCCGUAAACAACGUAACAGCGUCAGCUAGACCACUUCUUAGAGUUCACUAUGAGGCUAUAUUACUAUCAAGACUAGCCUACGGUACUCGCACCAUCGAGCUCGAGAACGGUUAAGAGUUUUUCAUACCUAACGUGGUGCGCACAGUGGUUAAGUGCACCAUUAUUAAUCAAUACAUGAACCAUUGCAAAGAUGUGGAGAGUACUAGAAGUUCAAGAGGCCACACAAAGGAAAUCCGAUUUUGGGGUCUAGAAAAUACUGCAGCUGUGGGGGCGGAUGAUAGACGAACUGGAACGCAUGGGAGUAGAACAGGAUUGGUGUAAAGAAGUUGGCAAGAGGCUGCAGGAGAGCAAGUUGUAUUUCAAGACUACAUACCGUAAUCAUUGCAAAAAGGAUGAUAGCAAAUGUGCCGAUCACUGUGGGGUCUUUGCACUGAGCUAUGCUGUUGACACUGACUUUCAAAGAGUAUGCAGUCACAACGCUGUGACUGUAUACUUUCUGAAAGUCAGUGUUAUUAGCCACAAGGGGAGGUGUGUGGAUUGUGAGAAGCUGGAGAGCGUUCUUGAAGUAGUAAGAGGUACUACUUCUGAGUACACAAUGCAGUUGGGUAAGGUUCAAGUGGAAGACCAUCUGUAUGAAGCAAAAUAUGCUGCCGCUAAGAUCUUUGAAUAGAGAGGGCAUAUCUUGAGAACAGAAAACCAGGAUCAGUGCAAGCGGCAAAUUCUUGAUUCCUUGAAGUUAAAAGUUACUUACAAUUCAUAGACCCAACGUUUCGACACCCCUGUCUAAUGCCUUCAUCAGGGGUGAUCUAAACGCUGCAACAAGAGGUCCUUUUAUAUGAUCACUGAUUAGCUGCCUUUUUUCUGAAGAGGUGUAAAUAAGCGUCAGGAAGUGAGCCGUCAUAAUCACGAUUUAAAGGAGCGUGGGCGGAGUUAAUAUGCCAAGUUUCCUAACGAAGGCGCUGGUGGUAACGCCGAUUAGUGGUAUUAAUUUAGACUUAUCCCACCCAAAUGUAUGGUUAGUUAGGCAUGUGUGCUCCGAUAAAGCUGAAUUUUCCUUUUUGAAAAAGUAACCCGCUUUUUUAUUCUAUUUCAGAUGUGCAUCAAACUGAUGUUUGGUCUGUCAGAUGUAUUCGUUGUCGCAUUCAUUGCAAGGAAUAGAAUAAAUGGCGUCGGUUCGUUGUUCUUUCGAGACAGAAUCCUUAGGUUUGGCAAAAAUAUGCCCAAAUAUCCCAAGGUUUUUUGGGAUAAAGAGUAUCAAUCGGUGGGGUCUAAAAGCUCUCUCUUAUUAUCUUUUCAACUUAAAAUGGUGAAAUCUAGCAUUUAUCGAGCUACUUACGUAGAACGGUCGGAGUGUGCUCAAUGAAUAAUUUGCAUAAUCGCCUGCCAUGCUAGCAAAAUCGCUGAAAGUUUGAAGUCAGCAGGGCGAAGAAAAUUAGUAAGUGCAAGUGUAAGUGUGUUUCUGCUGCCAAACAUCUUAUUAGAAGAAAUCAAGCGAAGUUUUCGAUGGUCUGAUCUGGACUUGAGCAAUAAAAAACGAGUGUAAUCUUGGCUCAACAAUGGAGGUCAUCCCGCUCAAUUAGUCCAACAAGGGCAGAGUUUAUUCAUGGAGAGCUGCACGUAUCAAUUUAGUGUUUACAUGUAGGAAGUUUUAAGUUUCUUGAACUCAUAUUAUUUUUCUCGGGCAACGUGUCAGGAGGUCAGAAAGUAAAUUGUUUUCUGGGAUAGCUGAGCUGGAAUUUUCUUUCUGGCACCAAUCCUCAUAUCUUCCAGAUCUAAAUGAUUUAUAAAGUUGAAAUCAAAAUUAUAUAAUCACCAUAGGUCAUUGUUGGAAAUAUUUGGGCCUUGACAACUGUGAAGCGAACUUAACGCACUUUCUGCAAGCAACGAAUAAUAACAGCAGGGAUUUGGUUCAUUCUCUUUCAUAACUCUUCGUAAUCAAUCGAAAGUUUGAAAACAUGUAAAACUGACGUACAUUUGAGGUUGAAAACGCUCUUCUUUAUUCAUCUCAUGUUGUUUUACAAACAAUGUCGAGACUCACAAUGAUAGUGACUCCCCAGUAAUCCUCAAACCUCGAGGAUUCGUGCCACAGCAUGUUCUUCCAAUUGAAACUUCAAACCUUCCUUAUCAAGGUUGGUUUUCACAAGGCGAAGAUCCACAAAAUGGCUCGGUGGCAUCUUGUGUAUCACCUUCUUGGCUCUGGAGAAAAAAAUCAAAAAUGAUCCGUGAUUUCUCGCUGAAAUAAGAAGCAUUGUAAUUAUGAUAGAAAGCGAUCAAAAUAAUCUCAGAGAAAUGUCCACAAUGGACCUUUAUCCAGCUUUGCAGGUGUGUAAUCCGAUGCUGUGAAAAGUUAUGAUCCCAAAAUUCGGAAAUUUAAGCGAAUUUGGCGAAGAAAACACAAGCAAACCAUGGAGGUGACUCUAAACAUUCGGGUGCACUGCUUCUGAAUAUACGUUUACAUGUCUGUACACAGCAGUCGAAGCCAACGUAAUCACCUGUAAUUAUUUUCAUAUCGACAUUUCAGCAUUUUCCCUCCUUCGACCAAAAGGUACAUGAUAGUGUCUCCCUUGAUUGUUCCAUUACAAGGAGUCAUUUUCUCCGAGGUUGGUUCCCAGCCAAGAGUCUUGUUUUGCAUGACAGGCCCGUCGAUGGGAAAGUUGCCUCCUUGGAAAUUGGUCUUGUGAACAAGAGUGUUGCCUUUGAGGCUGUCAAAGUAGGAAGCAUUUCAGAACGCAGAAUGAUUAAAACAUACAUGUACAUUUUGAAUCCACCUUAUGAGGUAACAAGAUUUUAAUGGAAAAAAAAAACCUCUAAAUCAACAGGUUAGAUUACUAUGUUGAAAGAAAAAUUAGCCUGAAAGGAAGAAAGUGACGAAUAUAAAAAAAAUAAGGCUACUUCAUACAAACUGAGUUUUGCCCAAUUAUUUUGAAAAUUAACCGGUUAUUGCCAGUUUACUGCGCUUUUGAAGCUUCCACGAUCCUCUUCAUUAUGGAAAUCCGUCGUGAAUUUUCGCUUUUUCACAACGAGCUCAAAUCUUUGUGUAGUGUUGCAAAAUAUGCAAGAAUGUUUACAUGAUUUUUGUUUUCGAUCAUUCACAGACAUAACUCAAAGAUCUUUGUGCAAUCUACAAGUUAAAAAGCUGAUCAACAGUUCAAUAGUGAGGAAUUACUCACCUCAUUUCCACGGUGGCCGUGGCACACCCUCCAUCUUCAAAUGUUAAUUUCCUGUCGUAUGUCAGACCCUCGGGAAAUGCUUGCUUGAAAUAGUCAGGAAUAUCAGCAGGGUACUUCAUAAAACAUUUGAAUCCAUACUUCAAGGUCGGUGCCACUAUGUCAACGGCAAAUGGAAGGGGUCCGCCCUUUGUAACACGGAACGUCCCUGUUUGUUUGCCUCUGAAAUAUUCAGAUGGAGAGGAUUUUCGAUAUGGUGGUAUUUUAUAAACGAAAUCACUAGCACAUGACUCUUUUGGUGCGUUUUCAUCACAUAAGUGACUUAUGUACAAUGAAUUCUGGACGAGUUAGUAUAUGAAGCUUGGAUCGAUCUACCCCUUAUUCCAAGACAGCCAUACGCAGAUGACACAAACGGCCGCAAGAAACAACUGAAAUAAUCAAAUUUGCUUUGGUCAGACCAGCAAUAUAUCAGUGCAAAAGGAGAAAAGGUCGAUCGUUAUCUGAAACAAACUUACUCGUAAGGUUUGCCAGUGCCUUCUCCUUCGAUGAUAAACGCAUGACCAUUAACACAGCCCUCCAUAAGCCACGUCAUCUUCAUGGUAUCGGCUAAAACCUGAAUAUUGGAAGAAAAUUAUCAAAAAAACCGUUAGGAGAAAAAGAUUUUCUAGAGAAGCACUUAACCCGCCUAUUAAAUUAGCUAUGUAAACUACAAUUCACUUACAUGUUUUGAAUGAGACAUCUUAAAAUCCGCUUCGCAAAGUCGAGAAACGAGCACUGUUACCGCCCAAGAGGUGUGUCUUGCAGUUGAAUCAAACUGAUAGCGACCCUCCUUGGUUUGCUAAAUUUAUAUGGUGCCAUUCAACCUAAACAGACAAUGAUCAAUUAAAUCUCUCAUCCUCCGGAUAAUGUGUACAUAAAUUUACACCCUUUUCCGACAGUUUCUGUAAUCUCUUAAGCUUAGACGUCUGCCCAUUUUAACCUUGGGAAUUCUUUUGCCAAAAAUAGCAACGUUGUCCGUGACCUGUUUUCAUAAUGAACUGACAAAGCACGAAGGUUCAAUAUGGCAUGAACGGACUCUAAAUUUACCCAACAAAAGUUAAUGAUGUAGUAUUAGAAGUAUUACAGACUGUUUUUUUUUCCGAGAUGGAAAUCGGUCGAACCGAGCGAUUCCAAAGUUCUGGCCUGCAAAACUGACAAAGUAAGUUUCAAGGUUAAUAAGUUAUGUAACUAUAGACUUACGGCUAAAACUUCACGGAGGCACCUUAAAAGUUACAUAGUAUUAUGCAAUGUAGUAUUAUAUAACAUUCGGCGGCAUCUGGCAAAGUUUUUAAUGAAUCCUCUGCUCUAAAAGGUUCGCCUGAGAUCGUUUCAGACGUUAAAAAAAAAAACUAACAGCGGUAGCUCACCGAAAAUGCUUCAAAAUGACGUAAAAUGCACGCAGGCUGAUAGUCAAGGGUACAACAACGAAGAUUUCAGAGGCAAACAAACAGGGACAUUCCGUGUUACAAAGGGCGGACUCCUUGUAUUCGCCUUCGACAUACUGGCACCGACCUUGAAGUAUGGCUUGAAAUGAUUAUCUCUCGUAAGGCAGAUAACAAAUAACAUCUUUUAAGCCGAGGGUACAACAAUGAAUAUUUCAGAGGCAAACAAACAGGGUCAGUCCGCGUUACAAAGGGCAAACCCCCUUCAACCGGCUUUUGACAUGCUGGCACCGAGCUUAAAGUAUGGAUUCACAUGAUUAUCUCUCGCUGGGCAAAUAAUAUAGGGCAUCUUUUAAUACCCAAGAGCAACUUAGGUCUAUAGUUAUAUAACUUAUUAGCCUUGAAACUUACUCUGCCAGUUUUGCAGGCCAGAACUGAGGAAUCGCUCGCUUCCACCGAGUUCCAUUCGGAAAGAAAAAGAAAAAAAGCAAAGUCUAUAAUACUUCCUUAAUUACAUUAUUAACUGAUGUUGUAAAUUUAGAGUCUGUUUAUGCCAUAUUGAACCUUCGUGCUUUGUUAGUUCAUUAUAAAAACAGACACGGACAACGUUGUUACAAAAGCAAGGAAUGCUUUUGCUUUCGUCAAAAGCAUUUCUUAGGUCAAAGUGGGCGGACAGCCAAGCUUCAAAGAUUACAUAAACCGUCGGAAAAGGGUAUAAAUUUGUAUACACAUUGUCUGGCAGAUGAGACAUUCAAUUGAUCAUUGUCUGUUUGGCUUGCGUAAUAACUUUGGCGAACCAAGGAGGGUCGCUACAAGUUUGAUUCAACGACAAGACACACCUCUUGGGCGGUAACAUCGCUCGUUGCUCGACUUUGCGAGGCGGAUUAUAAGAUGCCUCAUUCAAAGCAAGUAAGUGAAUUGUAGCUGACGUAGCUAAUAGAAUAGGUGGGUUAAGUGCCUCUCAAGAAAAUCUUUUUCUCCUAAUGGUUUUUGAUAAUUUUCUUUCCAUUAUUUAGGUUUUAGCCGAUACCAUGAAGAUGACAUGGCUUAUGGAGGGCUGUGUCAAUGGUCAUGCGUUCACCAUCGAAGGAGAAGGCACUGACAAACCUUACGAGUAAGUCUAUGUGAGAUAACGAUCAACCUGUAAAUUCUCCUUUUGCCUGACUGCAUUGCUGGUCUAACCAAAGCAAAUUUGAUUAUUUCAGUUAUGUUUCUUGUGGCCGUUUGUGUCAUCUGCGUAUGGCUGUCUUCGAAAGAGGGGAAAUGUCACGAAAAUAGUUAUAUGCUACUUCAGUGAUUUCCUUCAUAAAAUACUACCAUAUCGAAAAUCCUCUCCAUCUGAAUAUUUCAGAGGCAAAGAAACAGGGACAUUCCAUGUUACAAAGGUCGGACCACUUCCGUUCCCCGUUGACAUAGUGGCACCGACCUUGAAAAAUGGAUUCAAAUGUUUUAUGAAGUACCCCGCUGAUAUUCCUGACUAUUUCAAGCAAGCAUUUCCCGAGGGUUUGACAUACGACAGGAAAUUAACAUUUCAAGAUGGAGGGUGCGCCACGGCCUCUGUGAAAAUGAGGUGAGUAAUUCUUUACUAUUUAACUUUCAAUCACCUUUUUAACUUGCAGAUUGCACAAAGGUCUUUGAUACAUAAGGGAACGUUUCUAAUUAAGAGUAUCACCUAUGAAUGACCAAAAAGCAAAAAUCCUAUAAAUUUUCUUGCAUAUUCUGCAACACUGCACAAAGAUUCACGACGGAUUUCCAUGAUGAAAGUCGUCAUUCAUUCGUCAUUCAUUCGUCAUCAUGUUCCUUUGCGGCUUAUUUUUGUCUUCUAUCAUAGUAAUCGAACCUGUUGAUUUAGAGGUUUUUUUUCUCCAUUGAAAUCUUGUUAUCUCGUAAGGUGGACUCAAAAUGUAUGUUUUAUUCAUUUUGCGUUCUGAAAUGCUUCCUACUUUGACAGAUUAAUUACAACUUGAACGCACUGUUACCAGAGCGUCGAAGUAGAUGACUUAAUUACUAAACUUCUCAUUUCAGCGAGAACUCACGGAUCAUUCUUGUUUGUUUUUUUUUUCCGCCAAAGCCAAGAAGGUGAUACACAAGAUGUCACCGAACCAUUUUCUGGAUCUCCGCCUUGUCAGAACCAACCUGGAUAAAAAAGGUUUGAAGUUUCAACUGGAAGAACAUGUUGUGGCAGGAAUCCUCGAAGCUUGAGGAUUACAGGAGAGUCACUAUCAUUGUGAAUUUCAACAUUGCUUAUGCAAAAACAAAAGAUGAAUAAAGAAGAGCGUUUUCAAUCUCAAAUGUACGUCGGUUUUCCAUGUUUUUAAACUUUCGUCUGAUUAUGAGGAGUUAUGAAAGGGAAAGAACCAAAUCCCUGCCGUUAUUAUUCGUUGCUUGCAGAAAGUGCAUAAAGUUCGCUUCACAGUUGUCAAGGCCCAAAUUUUUCCUACACUGACCUAUGGUGAUUACAUAAUUUUGAUUUCAACUUUAUAAAUCACUUUACUUUUCAACCUCUAGACACUUUCCCAUGAAAAGAUAAUAUGAGUUCAAGGAACUUUAAACUUCCUACCCUUAAACACUAUAUUGAUUCAUGCAGCUCUCCAUGAAUAAACUCUCCCCUUGUUGGAGUAAUUGUGUGGGAUGACCUCCAUCGUUGAACCAAAAGUCGUAACACCUAAAUAAAGUCAAUUCACAAAUUCCCUCCUUCGGCCAAUAAGAUUUUACAGUUUUGAACAAGACAAAAACCUUGGGUAUGAAAUAAUUGAUAAUACAUGGCCGCACAGAGAUAAGAAAUUUGUCUUCCAGUGUUUAAAAAUAUUUCACGAGUGAGCGAACAUGUUAUCUUUUCCAUGUGAAGAUUUCACUUUUCGUGUGAAAGCGUAUAACUACUUGGUAUUUCAUUGGCGUUUUGCAUCAUAGGUUUCGUUGAGAUAUUUCAUUCUUUAUUCGAUACAAAUCUCGCUCUGUCUCUACUUUUAGCUUGGCACCAGCUUUAACCGAAGUACAAACAUGAAAGCCUGAAUUUUAAAAGAAUGAAAUCUAAUUAAACGAAACCAUAUUUUUACUCAUGAUCAAAGUAUUACAUUUUUAUAUCUCCAGUCUUACUGUCAUAAUGUCUUAUUGUAUUGCUUUUAAUGCGAAUCUAUUUUAUUUCAUGUUUGGUACAAGCGUGUGUUAUUCUUAGCGUUGGUUCUUUGCAUGUGCAAUAUCCUCUAGACCAAAACUUUCGAAAACAAUUUCUACUCGGGAAGAUCUUUUUCAAUUCUUCCAAUUUAAAUCAAGAUGUAAUACUUAAGGUCUCUGUAAGAGUGGUCCAGGGCAUUUCGCAUGGGAACAAAGUUUUCCCUCAAACUUUUCCCAAUAAAUUAUCUUUUGUAGCAGGUAAAUAAAACCACAUUAUUUUCUGGAGAUACGUUAAAAUAAAAUUUUUGAGCUCUCCACAGUCAAAGCUGCAAAAGGCCCUCUUACGACAUCGAAAAUUUCAAUAGUUUAAAAGCCCGGUCCUCGUAUCACGCUGCAAAAGUCUUUUGUAUUCUUAAACUGUGUGAUAUGUAAGGUGUAUAAAAAGCAUUUCAGUUUGAUUUUCGUUUAUUCAGGGGUUCGUCAUUUAUAAUCAUUUAUAAACACUUCUUUGAGAGCUUUCUGAAAUUGACCAAGAGUACUUUCUUUCUUGUUUGAUAUUGCUCAAAUCCAGAUAAGACCAUCAAAAACUCCGCUUGAUUUCAUAGAAUAAGAUGUUUGAAAGCAGAAAAAUAUAAAAACAUCUGGAAUUUAUUAAUUUUCUUUGCCCUGCUGACUUCAAACACUCAGCGAUUUAAUUAGAGUGACAGCCAAUUAUCAAAUUAGUUCAUUGAGCAAAUUCCGACCGUUUUAAAUAAGGAGCUUAAUAAAUUGAGCGUUGAACGAGACUUACUUGCAAGUUGAAGUUUGAUAGGAAUGCAGUUGAGUCAUCAUGCGGUUCUAGGGAUCACAUGAGAUUGUGAAAUCAACUUUGAAAGGCGAAAAAAAUUAUAAAUUGGGUGGGUUUAUUUCAUACGCAAAUAAGGGUGGGCAUGUGAUCCCUAAUACCUCGCGAUGACUCCUAAGAAUUACCAUCAAGCUUUAACUUGUGCUAAAUUCUCAUGUUCUCGGAUUGGUUUUUAGUAAUACUUUGCAAAGGUACAGUGUCCUGACCAACCAGCAGUUCGGAGAAUGGUAUCAAGAAGUACCUUAGCCAGUGCAGCUGCACUGGUUGAUGAUGCCCUAACACUAUGAGGUUUAGAAAGACUUAUGUUAAUACCAAAAGUGUUCUUAAUCUAACGAGAUAUAGUACUCUUAGUAGCUGCUUUGUAUGGUUUAACAUAUGUAACAAAUAGACUUGUAAUACCCUUACGAAAGUGUUUGGUACGUUCUAAAUAUUCUUUUAUAAUAACAAUAACACAGAGACUAGCGUCUGAAGGAUAACCUGGGAACUCCAGCUCGUGUCUAGGCUUGGUUUGCUUUAGUUUGUGUCCAAUUGAGUACGUCCAACAACAAGUUUUAAACGUCCAAGAAUUGGAGAGUUUGGCACCUCUCUGUGCUGAUAACAUUGCAGCAUUUUUUUAUGUGAACAAUUUCAAUGUUGAUUCCUUAACUGGAGUCAAAGUCUUCAAAUUGUUUAACAACCUAGAGGGGUCCCAGGUGACAGUAUAUCUUGCUAAAGCAGGUUUUUGCUGAAAAACCUCUUUAAGAAAGUGCUUCAUAAUUGGUAGUUCUCCAAAUGAACUCCUGAAGAAAUAGGUAGUACCUGAGAUAAGGAAGAUCUAACUGUGUUCGUAGCACUGUAGCCCCGGCCUGGUUAAAAAAGAUCCAUCAUAAAAUCUAAAGCUUGUGUUGGAGUGGCUUUGAAGGGCACGAGAACAACCACUUCUUGAGGUGAAUGGAACACUCCUUCUGUGCACUCCCUUUCUAAGAGUGCAAGAUGAUUUUGGCAGCUUUUUGCAAAAUGCCUCUUGCUGUGUGAGAGUUCCUGAUGACUUGCAUGCGAGAAGAGUUAGUGUCUUUUGAAGAGGAUGUGCUUUUCCCUGACUGAAUAGAAGGAUCACGUUUGCACUUGCCAAGCUAAAGGUAGAGAAAGAGCGAGAUUUGCAUCGAAUAGAGAAUGAAAUCCCUCAACGAAACCUAUGAUACAAAACACCAAUGAACACUAAGUAAUUACAAGCUUUCACGCGAAAAGUGAUAUCUUCACACGGUAAAGAUGCAAUAUUUCAUAAGAGAGGGCGAGUGUUUCAUCAGGGUUUCCAAACACGAGAAAGCUAAUGAAAGCACGAAGCCGAAGGCCGAGUGUUUUUGUUGUUUUCGAGUGUUUGAAAAUCCUGCUGAAACAUGAAGCUCGAGUUUAUGAAAUGGCUCCUCAAAAGGGCCUAAUUUAUUAACAAUAAACACAAAAACAGAACGUUCACGUAAAUAGUCAGUAUUUGUGUUGUUUUGUUUCAUUGUCGCUUGUGCAUGGUUGUUAGUCAGUGUCAUGAAAGAUGUUAUGUUUUUUCACUUCAUUCAUUGAAAGUAACUUCAUUCAUUGAAAGCAGUCACACUUUGCAUUGGCGUCCCAUUUGCAAUUUUUGUGUUAAAGUGUCUAAACCACGUGGAUCUUGCUCAUCUAGUAGCGUAACGGAAACCACGAGUACUAGCAGUGAACUUUUGGAAGGUGAAAGCAGUGUACGUGGAAUGUUAAAUCAGAGAAAUUCUGGAAUGUUCUUGAAUUGCAAUGUAAACGCAAAUGUUAACUACAAAGAAUGAUUACUAUAAUCCUGGAAGUUAAUAAACAUUUGUUCAAGUACUGCAUUAUUUUGGAAAUUGAUUUCCAAACACACGUGUUUGGAUAUCUAAUCACGCGUGUCUGGAUCUGUUCUUUACCGGGUAUCAAGGGGCAUCCAUGUGACCCAAAUGAGGCCACACAAUUAGUUAAUGACCUCAUGCAUUAUAAAUGAGUUUUAGAAAACAUAUUCGCUCACUCGUGGAAUGUUUUUAAACACUGGAAGACAAAUUUCUUAUCUCUGCACAGCCAUAUAAUAUCCUCUAUUUCAUACUCAAGGUUUUUGUCUUCUUCAAAAUUUUACAAUCUUAUUAGCCAAAGCGGGGAAUUUGUGAAUUAACUUUACUAAGGUGAUACGAAUCUUGGCUCAACAAUGGAGGUCAUCUCGUUCAAUAGGUUCCAACAGGGGAAGAAUUUCUUCAUGAAGAGUUGCACGAAUCAAUUUAGUGUUUACAUGUAGAAAGGUUUAAAUUUCUUUAACUCAUACUAUCUUUUCUUGGGAAAGUGUCUGGAGGUCGAAAAGUGAAUUGUUUUCUGGGACAGCUGAGCUUAAAAUUUCUUUUUGGCACCAAUCCUCAUAUCUUCUAGAUUUGAAUGAUUUAUAAGUUGAAAUAAAAAUUAUGCAAUCACCAUAGGUCAGUAUAGGAAAUAUUUGGGCCUUGGCAACUGUGAAGCGAACUUUACGCACUUUCUGCAAGCAACGAAUAAUAACGGCAGGGAUUUGAUUCGUUUUUUUCAUAACUCCUCAUAAUCAGGCGAAAGUUUAAAAACAUGUAAGACCGACGUACAUUUGAGGUUGAAAACGCUCUUCUUUAUUCAUCUCAUGUUGUUUUACAAACAAUGUCGAGACUCACAAUGAUAGUGACUCCCCAGUAAUCCUCAAACCUCGAGGAUUCUUGCCACGGCAUGUUCUUCCAGUUGAAACUUCAAACCUUCCUUAUCAAGGUUGGUUUUCACAAGGCGGAGAUCCACAAAAUGGCUCGGUGGCAUCUCGUGUAUCAGCUUCUUGGCUCUGGAGAAAAAAAAUCAAAAAUGAUCCGUUAUUUCUGGCUGAAAUGAGCAGUAUAGAUAUCAAGUCAUCCAAUUCGACGCCCUGGUAACCACAAAGAUGAAGAAGGUUUCCGAAGAGAGCGUUCGAGUCAUAAUUAUAAUCGUAAGCGAUCAAAAUAAUUUCAGACAAAUGUCCACAACUGGCCUUUUUAUCCCGCUUUGCAGUUAUAUAAUCCGAUGCGAUUGAAAAGUUAUGAUCCCAAAAUUCGGAAACUUGGCGAAUGAAGAAACGUGCAAACCUCGGAGGUGACACUAAACGUUCGGGUGCACUGCUUCUGAAUAUAUGUUUACAUGUCUCUACACAGCAGUCGAAGCCAACGUAAUUACCUGUAAUUAUUUUCAUAUCGACAUUUCAGCAUUUUCCCUCCCUCGACCAAGAGGUACAUGAUAGUGUCUCCCUUGAUUGUUCCAUCGCAAGGAGUCAUUUUCUCCGAGGUUGGUUCCCAGCCAAGCGUCUUGUUUUGCAUGACAGGCCCGUCGAUGGGAAAGUUGCCACCUUGGAAAUUGGUCUUGUGCACAAGAGUGUUGCCUUUGAGGCUGUCAAAGUAGGAAGCAUUUCAGAAAGCAAAAUGAUUAAACAUACAUUUUGAGUUUGCCUUACGAGGUAACAAGAUUUUAGUGGGAAAAAAACCUCUAAAUCAACAGGUUAGAUUACUAUGUUAGACGAAUGUAAAAAAAUUAGGUCAAUUUGUACAAACCGAGUUUUCCCUCAUUAUAUUUUAAAAGUAACCGGUAUCGCUGGUAUACUGCACUUUUGAAGCUUCUGUGAUGUUCUUCAGUAUGGAAAUCCGUCGUGAAUUUUCACUUUUUCAAUUCGAGCCAUCUUUGUGUAGUGUUGCAGAAUAUGCAAAAAAAUUUACAUGAUUUUUGUUUUCGAUCAUCCACAGACAUAACUCAAAGAUUUUUGUGCAGUCUGCAAGUUAAAAAGCUAAUUAACACUUAAAUAGUGAGGAAUUACUCACCUCAUUUCCACGGUGGCCGUGGCACACCCUCCAUCUUCAAAUGUUAAUUUCCUGUCGUAUGUCAGACCCUUGGGAAAUGCUUGCUUGAAAUAGUCAGGAAUAUCAGCAGGGUACUUCAUAAAACAUUUAAAUCCAUACUUCAAAGUCGGUGCCACUAUGUCAACGGCAAAUGGAAGGGGUCCGCCCUGUGUAACACGGAACGUCCCUGUUUGUUUGCCUCUGAAAUAUUCUGAUGGAGAAUAUUUUCGAUAUGGUAGUAUUAUAUUAACGAAAUCACUAGCAUAUGACUAUUUUGGUGCGUUUUCAUCUCAUAAGUGACUUGCAUACAAUAACCUCUGGCGAGUUCCUAUAUGAGGCUUGGAUUUAUAGACCCCUUUUUCCAAGACAGCCAUACGCAGAUGACACAAACGGCCGCAAGAAACACAACUGAAAUAAUCAAAUUGGCUUUGGUUAGACCAGCAAUGCCUCCAGGCAAAAGGAGAAUUAACAGGUUGAUCUUUAUCUCACACAGACUUACUCGUAAGGUUUGCCAGUGCCUUCUCCUUCGAUGGUGAACGCAUGACCAUUGACACAGCCCUCCAUAAGCCAUGUCAUCUUCAUGGUAUCGGCUAAAACCUGAAUAUUGGUAGAAAAUUAUCAAAAUCUCUCAGGAGAAAAAGAUUUACCAGAGAGGCACUUAACCCGCCUUUUCUAUUCUAUGUAAAAUACAAUUCACUAACAUGUUUUGAAUGAGACAUCUUGAAAUCCGCUUCGCAAAGUCGAGCAACGAGCACUGUUUCCGUCUAAGAGGUGUGUCUUGCAGUUGAAGGAAAUUGAUAGUGAGCCUUAUUGGUUUGCCAAAUUUAUAUGGUGCCACUCAAGCCAAAAAGACAAGGAUUAAUUAAAUGUCUCACGCGCCGGAUAACGUGUAUACAAAUUUAGACACUUUUCAGACAGUUUGUGUUAUCUCUUAGGCUUGGCUGUCUGCCCAUUCUAGCCUUGGAGAUUCUUUUGCCGAAAAUAGCCAAGUUGUCCGUGAUCUGUUUUCAUAAUGAAUUGACAAAGCACAAAGGUUUAAUAUGGCAUAAACAGACCCUAACACCAGUUAAUAAUGUAAUUAAAAGAAGUGCCACAGACUGUUUUUUUUUUUUCUCCAAAAAGAACUCGGUGGAACCGAGCGAUUCCACAGUUCUGAAGUGCAAAACUGGCAGAGUAAUUUUCAAGGCUAAUCAGUUAUGUAACUAUAGACUUAAGUUGUUUUUAGGUAUCGAAAGAUUUCGUUAAUUAUCUGCCAAAGAGAGAUAAUCAGACUGUGACAUGAACGAUUGUCGCUCACGUAACACACUUUUGAGGAAGGGUUCUCUUUUCUUUCUUACAAUUGUUCUCUAUCGUUGACAGUUUUAACAGUAAAUUCAAACAAAGAGUUAAAAAAGGAAAGAAACGAACUAAGAAAGCCUUCAACGCCCGCGUGCGUUUAACCUCAUUUUUAAGCGUUUCCGGCGAGCUACCGCCGUCAGAUAUUUUUAAAACUGAUUAAAACGAUCUGAGGCGAACCCCAUAGGACAGAGGAUUCCUUACAAACUUUACCAGAUGCCGCCGAAUGUUACGUAAUACUACCUUGCAUAAGGUGAUAUUGUAUAAGGUAAUAUUACUAUGAUAAUGACAGUUUAUUAAACUCUCUUGCAGUAGCUCACUGAAUUAACGAGUUAUGAUACAAUGAAAACCUAAAAACUUGAAAACUUGCAAGCUUUUUGAAUAUGUAGUCAACAUGACGAUACACGUUCUCUGCCGUGGUUGCCUACGACUAGUGGUCUGAGAGUAAAGUUAGGAUAUAACAUAAAGUUAUUUAACAUCUCUUUACAUUUAAUAGGGUUUAGUCUCGGGUUGUGAUCCAUAGAAAAUUGUGAAUGUCAGAGACGGUCGAAUUGAGCAGGCUGACCCAACCCAAAACAGACCCGGGUCGUAGAUGAGCACAAUCUACUACCUCGUAAAUGGCUUGUAACAUGAAUAGAAGAGCACCUGUUGUCGAGUGGCCUCUAAGUGCAAACUCUUGCGGGUCCAUUUUUCCAUAAUAUUGCAUAAGGUGAUAUUGCAUACUUUGUUAUGUAACGCGCAAACCGUCGCGGGUCUAUUUUCCAAUUUUUCAUUAAUAUUGCAUAAGGUGAUAUUGCAUACUUUGUUAUGUAACGCGCAAACUGUCGCGGGUCGAUUUUCCAAUUUUUCAUUAAUAUUGCAUGAGGUAAUAUUGCAUAAGGUUAUGUAACUUUUAAGGUGCCUCCGUGAAGUUUUAACCUGUUUAUGACGCGCGCAGCAUCAUUGGGUUUUCAUGCAUAAUAUAUAUUCUUUUCUACCUUUGAGAUCACUAAAAGUUACCAUAUACAAUAGACAAGGGUCGGACUGAAAACUUAAAAUGAACAAAAUGGUUUUCGUUCUUGAGCUAAAACAUAACAAAGGGAGGUGCUCACUAGCGGUAAUUUUACUUAAUUUGAUUUUAAUUUUCUCCAAGUGACUUUGGUUAAAGUCUUCAACAAUUUCCCCAUACGUGAAGUUUGUCGUCUUGAUCAUUUUGAAGUCGAAAGUCGGUUACAAAGGCAGUUUCUUCGCUGUUUACACAUCUUGUGUCCUGCCUCAAACUUAAAAUUAAUUUAAUUAUAUAAUACUGAUUAAAAUUAAUUAAUAUAAUUAAAAUAGAAAGGGCACAAAUAUGUUAAACGCCCCACCAAAUCUCUAGGAAUUCUGCUGAUGGAAGCGCGAUGAAUACCACUCGGAAGAUCUCUCUUCUUUCUUCCAAAACUUUUCUUCAUAAAACAGAUCUUCGCCAAGAUCGAUAUCUAGGCAUACGUAAAAUUUUGAAACUGUCUUUUUUUUGCAAUCUUACCCGGUAUCUUCUCUUCUGUCGACCUCUUUUUCAGGCGCAGAAGACCUUUGGAUAUCACGAGUAUCGUUGCUCGAUACCCUGGAGUCUACUUAUCUAAAAACUGUAUCGUUUUACACACCUUUUUAAAUGACAAUUGUUCGAUCGUGUCAUAUAUACAUACAUACAUACAUUUCAUUUCAAUUCGAAUUAUCAGAGUAACUCUGUUAAGCGAAUAUCUUCGAGACAGAAAAAUAUUUAAAUCAAUUAAAUUAUUAAAAUACAUUAGUUAAAACUAUCACCAAAAGUUCUUCUUCUUUUUCUUUAAGGCUGUCUUAAAAUCUUUAAAUGAUGUUAUUGUUCUCUUACUGUCUGGGAGCGAAUUGUCGAUCCGCCAUGUUUGUUUUCUAUGUUGACGCUUUUAAAGCUCGCCUUAUGCUCUUGUCCAGAUCAUGCACGGUCGAAAACUUAAAGAGACUAACCCAAUUUAAGUUACGUCCGCUCCAUAAUUUCUACCUUGAUUUUCCAAUAUAUAUCAGCCCCAAUUCCAAUUUUUGCAAUUUCCCUGGGCGAACACAUAUGCCACGAAAACACAACUUUAUCUCAUUUAUUCCUGCAACGAUCAUUACAAUAUCUUUGCCCGCAAAUCCGACGCGAGUUGCUUAAAUUGUAACUGACGCCAAAUUUUUCCCCCUUGUCCCAAUACAUUCCUCUUAGGUUAAAGAAUCCUAAAAUGCGCAAAUAAAGGACAUAUUGCGUAAAACCAAAUUUUCUUCAAAUUUGUUUCGACGCUUAAUUGACGGCCGGCCCUCAUCGAGAGCCGGCAUCAAUCAUUGAUCCUGAGUGUCUACAAAUCCACUAUUUUGCCAGUCGAAGAUUAACUCAGUCCACGGUUUUAAACAGCUCCUUUAUUGAAUAAUGCUUGGAGUAGUUGCGUUCAAAAUCCAGUGGUGUCUCACAGUUCUUCUGACUAGCAAGUGGUAAUGCAGUGAAUUCCGUUUAUGACGUCAUCACGUUAUGCGAUUUGUAUUAAUGAAUUGAAAAUUGUGGCCUUAAUUAGCUAGCGCAGUAGAUAACAUAUUAAGCAAUACACUCCCCCAUCUGAAAUGAGGUAUAGUAAGUAUACGAUUUACAAGUAAAUUUAAGAGUUCAGUCACUGUUCAUCAAUAGGCAGUAUUAAUAUUAGGCGCUGUACUGGUCGCUGUACACUUAUAUAGCCUUUUCCUUUAUAUUUAGUUACAGGCUCAUUUGUUAUGUUCUUGUAUUCGACGUCUACUUUCCGGACUCUCCCAUCCGUUCCUGGAUAUGUAUUAGAAACUCUCCCGAUCUUCCAUUUUCCUCUUAACAAGCUCGAGUCCUGUAUAAGAACGAUAUCUCCAGUUUUUUUUAAGUUACGGUGGGAUGUAUGCCAUUUUUGACGUAUCAGCAAACUGGGAAAGUAAUUUUGCGUCCACUUCUUCCAGAAAGAAGAUAUUAUCGUUUGUACGAACGAAAACCGUUUUCUAUUACUCGCUCGCUCGUCAAAGUUCAUGCCACUUGGUAUUCGUGCCGUUGCUCUACCAAGCAAAAGAUCGUUUGGGCAAAGAUAUGCACCGUCAUCAGGUGACGCAGGGUGCCUUCCUAUUGGUCUUUCAUUCAGCAAGUUGGCGACCUCGUAAAGUACUGUUUGUAACUCUGAGAAUGUUAAGGUACUAUCGCCAAUAGAAGCGUUAAUAGCUCGUUUUACAGAUCUUAUGAGAGCUUCUGUGACUCCGUUCUGCCAGGGUGCGUCUGCGGAUGUAAAGAUCCACUCAAAUCCCUCAGUUAUGCCAAAACCUUUUAGUUUAUUCCAAUCCCAAGUCUUGGUCAUAUUAGAAAGCUCUUUAUUUGCUGCGACGAGUUGGGUACCGUUAUCUGAGAAUAGCUUAGAUGGGUAACCAUGUAGUGACACGAAUCGUCUGAAGACCAUUAGGAAUUUGUCUGUACUAUAGUCUGCUGCUAUAUCCAAGUAAACUGCUCUUGUCCCUAGACAGUUGAAUAUCACUCCAUACGCCUUAGAUGUUGUUCUUUUCUUUACUUCAUCGCGAAUCUUGUAAGGUCCAAAUAAAUCGAUGCCUGUACUGCUCCAUGGAGGGGCUGGUUUCAGCCUUUCAGUUGGAAGGUUGCCCAUUACUUGUUCACUGACUUUUUUAUCAAGUUUUCUACAAACGACGCAUUUGGACUUGAUUGAUUGCACAAGUUUCAACAGUUUCGGGAUCCAGUACCUGGUACGCACUUUGCUGGCUGUAGUUAAUAUCCCAUGAUGCCCUUUUCUGUGUAUUUGCUCUGUAAAUAAACGUGAGAAUGGGUGAUCGUAUGGAAGGAGUAUUACUUCUCUCUUGUUGUAGCUCAUCUCCAUCCAUAACUCGCUUCGUCCUCUAAUCACAUAUAUACCAUCUUCUCGCAUCUUAGGACAUAAUCUUUUGUAAUUCCCGUUCUCGAUAUCCUUCCCCAUGUCUUGUUGAGCUUCUCGUAUCCAAAAUAAUUCAGCCCUUUCCAAAUCAUGUGGUGUGAGAUCACGUGUUGCGUUUUUCAGAGAUGUUUUGGGGUUUCUGUCAUAGAGUUUCAGAACUCUUGCCGUCACCCUUAAGAGCUUGUUAUAAUUUGAGUACUUGGCGAUAUCAAUCCUUCCUGCAAGGGUAUCCUGAAAUCCUUCGAUUUUUAUAGCCAUUGCCGUCUUGACUCGGUCUGGCAGUUGUGAUUCUAAAUAAUUGCGAGUUAUUGGCCAAUCAUCUUCUGGUUGUCGUAGGAAUUCGGGUCCUUUCUGCCAUGCGCUUUCGAGCCCGAUAUCGCUAGGCUUCUUCCCUCUCGUGAGACAAUCAGCGAUGUUGUGUUCGCUCUCUAUCCAGUACCAAUCUGUUUGGCUUGUUCCUUCUUGUAUUUCUCCAAUUCUUGUGGCAGCGAAGGUGUUAAAACCGUAGGAAUUUUUCUGUAUCAUAGCAUGUACUAUUUGUGAGUCAACAAUGUGAUAGAUUUUUUGAAAUUGGUAUCUACAUUCUUUCUCUAUGAAGAUCUUGAGACGUUUGUUCAAUACUGCUCCACAUAGUUCGAUACGAUCGAUAGAUAUUUUUUUGAUUGGAGCUAGGCGAUUCUUAGAGAUGAUCAAGUUACUUUCAAAUUAACCAUUUUUCCGUUCCCAGCGUACAUACGCGCAUGCAGCGUAGGCGUCUUGAGAUGCAUCACUAAAUAUAAUGAGAAUAGGUUCUCCAACUGCAUCCGACGGCUUCACGCAUCUCAUGAAUCGUACUUGAUCCAUGUCUUUUAAAUUUUUGAAGAAGGUUAUCCAGUUCUCUCUAUUCUCUUCAGGAAUGGGAUCAUCCCAGUCAAGCUUCUGUUCACUUCCCCAUAAGUGCCGCAUUAGAAUCUUCGCUCUUACAGUGAACGGUCCAGCUAGUCCGAGAGGAUCAUAUACACUAUUGAUCUGUGAGAGAAUCAUCCUCUUCGUGAGUUGUUGAGGGGGAAAAUCUGUGGUUACGUUAUUUGUUUGUAAAGCAUGUCUCUUUCCUUUUGGUGAGAACUUGAUCUUGACUUCAAAACAUAGCUGAUCUUCACAUGGAUUCCAUUUGAUCCCAAGUAUCUUUUCGGUCGACGUAUGCGGUGUCUGUACCAUGAUCGUUUCUUCUUGCUUGUUAAUAUCUCCUGAGAAUAUCCACUCUUUAACUUGAAAUCCUCCUAUAAUAAUAGCUUUCUCUAUGUCUUGGCUAAGGUCACGGGCCAGUGCAAUGUUAUCUUUGCUUUCGAUGAUAUCGUCCAUGUAAGUGUUGGUUUGAAUUAUGUCUGCUGCUUCCGGAUAAUUCUUGCGCAUCAUCUCUGCCGUUUUUCUCAAUGCUACAGUGGCGAUCGUGCCGGACGGUUUAUCUCCAAAUGACACUCGCUGUAUUAUAUAGGUGUCUGGUUCUCUCGUACUAUCCAUGUCGCGCCAAAGAAAUCGGUGAGUAUGUUGGUCUAACUCCGACGUUUUCACUGUGUGGUACAUUUUCCUAAUGUCUCCCAUGAAAGCAACUCUGUUCUCUCUAAAGCGUAUCAAGACGCCUAACAAGUUGUUGAGCAAGUCAGGUCCCUUUGCCCAAUACUCGUUUAAUACGUGCCCCAUAUAGUUCGCACUGCUGUUGAAAACUAUACGGACUGGAGUAGAUUUCGAUUCUGGUUUGAGUACUUCGUGAUGGGCAAUGUAAUGCGUAGGGCCUGUGUAGUUUGUUAAUUCUUCCUCGGAUAGCUUUCUUGCCACAUUUCUUGCCACCAUGUCCUUUAUCUGUUCGUCAUACACUUUCGCGUGAUCUGCGUUCUUUCUGAGUCGUCGUUCGGUAGCAGCUAAUUUCGCCAUCGCUACUUUGCGGUUGUUAGGAAGCUUAUGGGGUCUUUUAUCCAGGGGUAUUCAGCGGUCCAUGAGUUGUCUUCACUGUUGAAACGUAAAUUCCGCUCAAUUAACUCCAGUUCCCUUUCUUCCUGUAUGGUAUAAUCUUUGGCGCCCAAGGAGCAUUUUUCCGCACUUACAUCCCCGCACUUCGGUUUGCACUGUACACCAAGUGCCUCGAUUGUGUAAAAAUCUUCGACAUUGAUUUUGCCUACAAAGUGUACUCUCGCGUUUCCAAGAUUAUGGGUCAUGCGCGUUUCUUUAAGCAGUGGGUGAGUUCCUCCAACGCAUCUUCCAAAACGAUUUUUCAGUAGUACAAGAUGCCCAUUAUUCUGUUCCUUUUCCGGGUGAAAGGCGGCGUAUUCAUAACCGAUCAACACAUCAACUGGACCAGCGGGUCGCGCUAUUUCAUCCUUUGAAAAGUUUCUAAAUAGGUGGGCGAUGCUCUCUACGUUUACAUGCUCGAUAUCAGAGGUGAUUUUGUUAAUCCCAUAUACUUCGAAUUCCACGGCUUGACCUCGCUUGUCCAAAGUGGCAGCUUGUAUUUCAUUGUUUCGAUUUCCUCGUUCUGCCCUCCUAUCUUCACUAUUGAAAGAUUCACUUUGACUCCACUGAGUUUCUCUUGUUUCGCUUUAGCGUUGGUUAUGAAGCAAAGUGAGGCUGCGUUGUCCCACAUUACAUUAGCUGUCCCCUUCCUGGUUUUUACUCUCUGUACUUGGAGAAGACAUGUAUCGACGUUGGAGUCGCUGCAUACAUUGGCGGAGGCAGAAGCUUGCUGGGGUGUACUUUCAUCGUUUUCGUGAAUUGAUGGGUGGUGUUUCCUCGUGCAGCCAUUCACGCCGCAAUCUCUUUUUAUCCUACAAGUCCACUGCCUGUGACCAGGCUUAAGACAAGCCCAACAUGCUUGCUUUUCUUUGAGAAAAUCCCUUUUUUCGUCGACUGUCUUAGCUUGAUAAAGUCGGCAAUUUGACGUCCAGUGCUUACCACUCUCGUGAAUCAGACACUUAGGCCUAGGUUCUUUGAUACUUUCGUCUUUUCCAACUGUGAUACCCUCCGAGUAAUGUGCUGCGCCCUUGUGAUAUUGGUUGCUGCUUCCUGCACGGAGUGUAGCACUUUCGUAUUCAAUGGCAUCCCUUUGACUCUGUAGAAAGUCGAGAAGACUUGGAAAUUUGUUGCUUUUAUCAACAAGACUGUCACGAGAGCUUACCCGUUCGGACCAUUUCCGUUUGAUAUCUGACGGGAGUGCUUUCUCAAUUACGCUGACUGAACUUGUGGUCGUGAUCUCUGUUUCCAAGCCGAGUCCUUUUAGGUUACGAUAACCAUCCUCUAUGAGGGUUACAAAUUCUAUAAAGCGUUUAUCUUCUCCUUCUCUGAGCAUUCUAAAUCGCUUUAUUUCGUCAAUGAUGACAUCGGCGACUUUGGCUGGGUCUCCAUAUUUGUCGUCUAAACGAUGCCACAUCUCGUCUAUGUCGUCGUCUACGUAGUUCACCAAUCUCGCUGGCUCCCCUUAAGACAGGUGCGUAGGACGUACGCUGCGUCACCUUUUCGGAUUUGAGUCAUAACUUGUUUCUGGAAAUCUCUUUUAAAUUGCGGAUACUUGCGCAGUUCUCCGUCAAAGUGAGGCAUUCGUACUUUUUCUAGUUGUAGAAAGGAAGCUGAGGCGGUAGACUCCCGCUUUGUUUCUUUAGCUUCUUCCACAUUAGUGUAGCUUAGCGCUAUUUUCUCCUUUAUUUCAUGAUAACAGGUUUGGAUUGUAGCGAUCCAAUUUAUUUCAGCUUCUGCUGAGUCUUGAGUUAAUAAUUGUAGUAGUUCUGCGUUUGAUCGUUUGCAUUCCAAAAAUUCUUCUUCAAUUUGCAUUUGUAAAUCUCUCAAUGCAAAGUUGGGAAUUUCUUUAGAUUGCAGCGCGUGCGAGAUACUUUUGUAUGAAGCUUCGAAAACUGCGCGCGCUGUUUUCUGUCUUGUGCGUGCUUUAUCAAUGUAUUCUUGACGCUCCGCGUACGCACGUGUUGAUCUUUCUUUCACAGUGAUUUGUUCCACAUAUUUGAUUUUGCGAUUGGUCGCCUCAUUAAACUUCUCUUGGACUUCUGUCAUCCACACUUCUGCUUCUUCAGACUGAUCGUCUGGCAAUAGCUCGAUGUAGGCUUCAUGUUUUCCUUCGAGUUCAUCGUACGCUUCCGCGAGUUUCGCAUAGUUUGUUUCAACUAUUUCUACGCCUUGGUUAUUGUCUAUCGACUUGGUGAGGAAGUUCUUCUUUCUUGUGAAUCUUCCUUUAGCUGUUGUACGCUUGCCUUUAGCCUUCUCGAUUUCGGCUGCGUUUUCCAUCUUCGCUUAUCCAGUUGUCGCUUUGAUACUUUCGUCUUUGAAUAUUUUGCCAGUCGAAGAUUAACUCAGUCCACGGUUUUAAACAGCUCCUUUAUUGAAUAAUGCUUGGAGUAGUUGCGUUCAAAAUCCAGUGGUGUCUCACAGUUCUUCUGACUAGCAAGUGGUAAUGCAGUGAAUUCCGUUUAUGACGUCAUCACGUUAUGCGAUUAGUAUUAAUGAAUUGAAAAUUGUGGCCUUAAUUAGCUAGCGCAGUAGAUAACAUAUUAAGCAAUACAUCCACGAAGACACAAUUCAGUUUAUUUCCUGUUAUUUAUCUUGUAUUAUUUUAGUGUUACACCCCAUCCUUGCGGUCAGCGAGAAAGAUGGCGGUAAUUUUUGAGCUUUGUUAAAUUUACAGUAAAUUUAGCUUAUCAAAGCUGCGUUUUCCUCCUUUUUCUUCUUUUUUCGCGUUAUAUGUCGUCCUGUGUACCAUUAUGGGAGGUCUAACGACAGAAGAAUCCAAGAAUUUGUUGGAGGAGGCUUUAGAGCCUCUACGCAAAUCGAUUGAUGAAGUGAGGAAGUCUAUCGCCACAGCAAACUCUAAUUAUAACCAACUACUAAAAAAAUGUCAAGCUACGAAGAAGGAAUGACAGAACUGGUUAAUGAGAACAAGGAUCUAAAAGCUAAGCUCCUGGCUACAACAAACCAGUUAAAAGCUUUAAAAAGAAUCAUUUGACGGACUUGAAAAAUACUCCAGACGAGACUGCUUGGAAAUCUGAGGUAUUCCAAAGAUUUCUAGUGACAGGAGGGAAGAUAUGAACAAAAUUGUUGUAGAGAUCGGUCGAAAGAUUGAGGUUGACCUGAAAAAUGGUGAUAUAUCAACGAGCCAUCGUCCCCCGGGUAAAGUGAAAGCGAAUGGAGAAAGAGCUUUGUUUGUUUUGUUCCGUAUAUUUUAUCGAAAAUUUGUAUCUAUUUUUAAGUCUUAUGGUGAUUUACCAGCUUCGAAGUCGUUCUAAGGAUUUUAGGCGCGUGUGGCCCUGUUUCAGAGGGAAAAGAGCCGGCCGCCGAGCGAAGGAAAGAGUAAACAGAUGUCGCUAUUCCAUCGAAGUGCAGCUAACCAACCGUAUCAAUCAUUCACGAAGCUCCCGGCGACACCGAAAUAAAGUUAACUGUGUGACCAUCUCUCUAUCACAACAAGACCAACAAGGAGCGAGGAAGGUCUACGUUCCGUCUGUUUUAUUGUCGAACGUAAUGUCUUUGGCCCCCAAACUGGAUGAAGUCUCUUAUGCUAUUACAUACGAAAAUUUGGACAUUGCCUGCAUAACAGAGAUCUGGUUGCGCGACCACAUUCACGACAAUGUCGUCAGUAUUUCUGGAUACAACUUAGUGAGAAGAAACAGGAUUGACGUAACACAUGGAGGCGUUUGUACCUACAUCAAUAAAGGGCUGAAGUACAUCGUUCUAGAAGAUCUAUACGACGAUAAAAUUGAAGCAAUUUGGCUUCAACUACGUUAUCACCCGCAGACAGACAAAGGCGUUUUGAUCCUGAGAUUCUGCAUUAUCUCUGCGAUUCAAUGUCUACAAUUGAAUCGCUCUUUUCGAAAUGUGGAGUUUUGAUCAUUGGGGAUUUUAACAGGCUCGACACUUCGAGACUUAGGAACGCUUUUAGGCUAAAACAAAUUGUUAAAUUCCAUACUCGAGGAAAUCAGACUCUAGACCUCGUUUAGACCAACAUUAAAGAAUUCUACGAGGAGCCAAUAAAACGCCCAGCCUUCGAUCUGUUAGACCACGCACCUGUUGAACUCCAGCCCUUGUCUCGCUGCAAAACACAACCUUCAAAACGAUCCAUCAUUACAAGAGACCAGCGGGAAAGUUACAGGUCGCUCUGAGCUCAUUCUUGGAAAAAGUUAACAUCACCGACCUUGUAAAGAACAAGGAUACAUGUGACGAGAAAAUGCAGAUGAUGGAAGAAGGUAUUAUUUCCAGUAUGGACGCAAUUAUGCCCCUUUUUUUAGUUUUUUUUAUUCUUUUUGUAUUUAGUAUUAAGUAAACAUUUGUACAGUCCGUAAUCCAGCCUUUUGGCUGCAAUGGAUUUUAAUAAAGCUAUCUAUUUAUCUAUCCACCUGCCUUUAUUGUGAAGUUUACGAGCCGGGAUGUCCGCGAGAAAUUUUAUCGAGCCAGGAAGGUCCUUAAGGACAUAACAUCGCAAGACUUAGGCUUUUCAAUGAAAGUCUUACUCAAAGCAAUAAAGAAUUCUUUAAGGAUUGUCUUAAAAUCAAGAAAGACAAAGGCUUUCAAUUCUUGUGGACCAGUGGGGGUAAGAUCUUCAUGA